AUGAAACUAGCCCAAACUGUGCAGCUGCUCUUCCAAGAAAUUACUAGAUUUAUGGAUAUGCACAAAGAAGAGUCAUCUUUAAUGAAAAGAGUGCCAGAAAAGAUAGAAAACAUGCCGGAAAUAGAGCAGAUAAUCGAUAGAGACAUUCAUAGACUACGUUUUUGUGUAAGAAGCUCUGACGGAGAGGAAGAAGCAAGCGAAAUAGAUAAAAACAGCAAGCCUGUUAUGUAUCUAAGAAAAAUAGCAGCCAAGCUAUAUAGCAUAGAGGAGUACUAUCAGGAGAUUCUGGACUUUCUUAUUCCUAUAAUAUAUACGGAGGUGGCGGCAGACAAAGAUGUAGAGUACUCAAAGGUAGAAAAAGACUGCAUGGCCAUAUACGAGAGCUUUCUUUACGAGUAUCUGAAAAACCAGUAUGCGCUUGCGCUUCGCUAUGAAACAACGCUGCAGAAAAUGGAGGGAUACUAUAUUGUCAAGGAAAUAGACUUUGAGCAGAUAAAAGGGACGUUUAUUGAGCUAUCUCACACAGCACUGUGGUUCUCCAGAACAUUUGCCUAUGAAGACCUAGUUUACAUAUACGCAUAUUUACUCAGAUCAGAGCUGCAUGCCCCAUAUGUAUUUUUCUUGGCAUCCAUUCGCAUUAUUCGGGAAAGAGAGGAAGUAAAGCCAAUGUUUGAUCUAAAGAAAAGGUCUGCCAUACUGGGGGAGAAGAAAAUGAAAGGGCUUAUUGUGAAGAGCAAAGAGCUAGAUAAAAAAAUCGGACAUUUUUUCAAAGAUGGUCUUUUGACAAAUAAAACAACGGCAUUUAUGGUGCUUGCUGGUGUUGGGAUUGUUGCUGCAGUGGCUGCAGGAUUAUGCAUGUCUAGACACAAGUCAACUAAAGAAUGA